CUGGAUUCGAUGCGAGUUGAUUGUGCUGCUUAUAUUAACUAGACAGACGAAUAUGCCGACGCAAGAACUUGUGUGCUCCUUGUGCGGCCGUGAGUUCCGACGGAAUUGCCAUUUACGACGACAUGAAAAUGAGCAUAGUUCAGUCAAUUACCCAUGUCAAUUUUGUCCCAAGCGAUUCUCAAGACGAGACGUAGCCCGGCGGCACUCCGUGACCUGUCCACACCGGAAGGGCCAAAACAUUAGGGGGCAGAAGCGAGGAAGGAAGCCAAUUGCGUGCGAACCCUGCUCUGAGGCAAAACUAUCUUGCGAUCACAAGUCGCCUUGCCGGCGCUGCUCUGCUCGUGAUCUGAAAUGUACCUACCGGUUCGCCGGUAAUGAGACUUCUGCGGUGUCUCGAUUGGAUGACAGCUUAAUCACCUCUGCAGAGCCAACGGCAUUAUCUUUUCUUCUACAUGUUACCAACCCUGCAUAUCAGUCUGUCGCCCUUCAUAUGGGGCCAAGCGAGACCAUAUCAAAUGGAAGCUAUUCGGGUGUGUCGCGUAUGACUACAUUCUGUCGGCCACAUCAUCCAUGCGCAGGCCCCGAUCAUAAUAUUAUGAAACUCUCAGAAAUCCCACACAAGAUUCAUCAUGGUGGGCUCCAGCGCUUUAUGAGUUCAGAUCCCCUGUGUUCCAGCAUCUCGAAACCUCAAUCUGUCACGAUGCUCGAGAUGCUUCAAACUCGACUCAAUUUCAUGUUUGCUGAAGUACAAUCGACAAGUAUCAAGAGCCUAAUGAAGUAUGCGGCAUUCUUUACUUGCGCAACUUAUUCGUUAUUCAUCCCAACUGUCUCAGAUUACCGGCAAUGGCAAUGGUCUAUCAUCCACUGGCCAACAAUAUGCCUAGAGAAGAUAUCUUACCCUCUACUAUUGGCCCUGGGUUUAGGCGGCGCAGUAUUGGUUGAAGUUCAAGGCAGACUGAACACUAUUUGUGGGUUGGAUAACAUGUUCUACGAGAUUGUAGAGACCUACGUCUUUGACUGUCUAGAGACUGCCAUGACCUUUCACGAUCACUCGCAGCUUGAUACUCCUCUCAUCGAAGCUUGUCAGGCUGCACUCUUGGUGAUGGCUGUCGAGAGCGGUAUUGAUGACAAUGCUACAAAGCGAAGGCUACUAAUUAAACGACUUCCCAUCUUAGUUGCUGCGAUCAGGAUUCUAAACAUAGCAGCUCAGUUUCACCCACGAAGUCCCGAAGUGCCCACUUGGAGGGAGUUCUUGUGCCGCGAGUCUUGUAUCAGGAUUGUCACUUGGACGUUCCUUCAGGAUGCGUUAUUCACGCUAAUUUGCUGUCAUCCGCCCUCUUUGACGACUGUUGAGAUGAUUUGCGAUCUUCCAUGCAAUGAUUUGCUCUGGACUGCCAAAAGUGAGCCAGACUUCAAGCUUGUGUGGACUUCCCAGGUUCCAAAAAUGGAAUCACCGACGUUGAAGAAAGCCAUAUGGUAUCUGAUUGGAGAAGAUUCACCGACCGGGGUCAGGGACGAGUUGGGCAAAAUGAGUGUGGAUCAUCUUUUCGUUUUGAUUUGGGGUGUCCACUCCACGUUCUUCAAUAUACGUAGUUCAGCUCCUGCAUGGACCUGGUCUACCAUAUUUCAGAGGGCUCUAAGGCGGUGGUUGAUGUUUUGGAAAGAUGCCGUUGGAAAUGUCGAGCGACAUCAGCAGUUAGACAUGGAUUAUGUCAAGCUUGCGCCUGAGAUCGCCGCAUUGCUGAGUCGAAUCGUGGAUAUCGAGGUAAACGGAAGAAACGGCGCCCUUUCGUAUUUCCAGGGCAUUAUACAUUAUGACGUUAAUCCGGUGUACGAAUUAAUUAGAUAUAUUAGCAAUUAAAGCAAGAGAGUCAGGUUGAUAUGCCAAAUAUAAGUCCAA